AUGUCUCUCAGGCGGUUAUUUUCCCUCCACAAUUCACUCCAACCACAUUUUGAAAAACGUCACAAUUUUCCAAUCAUCUUCUCUAAAUCCAUCCAAGCUCUUGCUAUAAUCACCGAAAACCCACAAGCUAUCUCUAAUUUAAACUUAACCCACGACGUCGAAUGGACCCCGGGCUCAAUUUCGUACUCAAAACUACUAUCCCAAUGCUGCCAAUCAAAGUCUCUCAGUGCAGGACUACAGAUCCAUUCUCAUUUGAUCAAACUAGCAUUGGAAAAUGACCCGAAACAUCGGAACCAUUUGAUUAACUUGUAUUCUAAAUGCGGGGUUUUUGGGUCUGCACGCAAGUUGCUUGAUGAAAGUCCUGAACCGGAUAUGGUUGGUUGGUCUGCUUUGAUAUCUGGGUAUGCACAAAAUGGGUUUGGUGAUGAGGCGAUUUUGGGGUUUGUUGAAAUGCACAGGCAGGGUAUUAGGUGUAAUGAGUUUACGUUUCCUAGCGUGCUUAAGGCUUGCUCGAUGAAAAAGGAUAUUGUUGGUGGGAAGCAGAUACAUAAGAUUGUGGUUAUGACUGGUUUUGAAUCAGAUGUUUUUGUGGCGAAUACUUUGGUGGUUGUGUAUGCAAAAUGUGGUGAGUUUGUUGAUUCGAGGAGGCUUUUUGAUGAGAUUCCUGAGCGGAAUAUAGUUUCGUGGAAUGCUUUGUUUUCUUGUUACACGCAAGGUGAUUUGUUUGAAGAAGCGAUUGGGUUGUUUCAAGAUAUGGUUGGUAGUGGGAUGAGGCCAGAUGAGUUUAGUUUGUCGACUAUUAUUAAUGCUUGUACAGGUUUACAUGAUAUAAACCAAGGGAGGAAGAUUCAUGGGUAUUUGAUGAAACUUGGGUAUGGUUCUGAUCCAUUCUCGUGUAAUGCACUUGUUGAUAUGUACUCAAAAGGUGGAGAGUUUGAAGAUGCUAAAGUAGUGUUUGAGCAUAUCCCAAAACCUGAUAUUGUUUCUUGGAAUGCUGUGAUUUCUGGUUGUGUUCUUCAUGAAUACAACGAUAUGGCUUUGGACUUGAUGCUAAAGAUGAGACGGUCAGGGAUAACACCAAAUAUGUUUACAUUUUCUAGUGUUCUUAAAGCUUGCUCUGGAUUAGUUCGCCAAGAUUUAGGCCAACAGUUUCAUUCCGUUUUGAUAAAGUCUGACAUAGAAUUGGAUGCAUAUCUUUGUUGUGGACUUAUAGACAUAUAUUCCAAAUGUGGUGAAAUGGAUGAUGCUACAAAGGUAUAUAAUCUGAUGCCAGAAAAAGAGUUGAUUGCACUAAAUGCUCUGUUAUGUGGACACACACAGAACAAUAAUGACAUUGAAGCUCUAUCAAUUUUCACAGAGAAAUAUAGGGAUGGAAUUGGAUUUAAUGAGACCACUUUACUUGCAAUACUCAAUGCUGCAGCCAGUUUGCAAGAUAUUAAUGUUAGUGAACAGAUUCAUGGGCUUUCUUUAAAAACAGGAUACCAGUCUGACCCUUUUGUCAUAAACAGUCUCGUGGAUUCAUAUGCAAAAUGUGGUUAUGUUGAGAAAGCAACAGCGGUUUUUGAUGAAUCACCUGUUGGGGAUUUAGCAACUUUUACAUCUUUGAUAUCCGCUUAUGCUCAAUCAGGUCAUGGUGAAGAAGCUAUAAAACUUUACUUAAAAAUGCAAAAUUUGGAGCUUAAACCAGAUUCAUUCAUCUGUAGUUCUCUUCUAAAUACUUCAGCCAGUCUAUCUGCUUACGAACAAGGUAAGCAAAUCCACGUUCAUACCUUAAAGUUUGGACUUUUGUCCGACACUUUUACUGCCAAUUCUCUUGUCAACAUGUAUGCAAGGUGCGGAAGUAUAGAUGAUGCAAGUCGUGCAUUCGCUGAGCUUCCAGAAAAGAGUAUAGUGUCGUGGUCAGCAAUGAUUGGAGGACUUGCUCAACAUGGGCAUGGGAAAGAAGCCCUUUCUUUGUUUGAUGAUAUGCUAAAAGACGGUGUCACUCCUAACAAUGUCACUCUAGUUAGUGUCCUAUGUGCAUGUAACCAUGCCGGGCUGGUGACUCAAGCAAAAAGAUACUUUGAAUUAAUGGAGGGUGUAUAUGGAAUUAAACGGACACAAGAGCAUUAUGCUUGCAUGGUUGAUAUUCUUGGCCGUGCUGGGAAAUUAGACGAGGCAAUGGAUCUUGUAAAUAAGAUGCCAUUUGAGGCUAAUGCUUCUGUUUGGGGGGCACUUCUUGGUGCUGCCAAAACACAUAAAAAUGUUGACCUUGGUCAAAGAGCUUUCCAUGAGUUGAUGCUUAUUCAACCAGAGAAAUCAGGAACUCAUGUUCUUCUUGCAAAUAUAUAUGCCUCUGUUGGUUUGUGGGAAAACGUUAUAGACAUAAGGAGGUUUAUGAAACAUGGUAAGGUAAAGAAGGAGCCUGGUAUGAGUUGGCUUGAAAUUAAAGAUAAGGUAUACACGUUCAUAGUAGAAGAUAGAAGUCAUUCGAUGACCAAGGAAAUAUAUACAAAACUGAACGAAUUAUUGGAGUUAGUUGGUGAAGAAGGGUAUGUUCCUGAUUUAGACAAUGAUUUCCACAACGUUGAAAGAAGUGAAAAGGAGCGUCUUUUGUCCUUUCAUAGUGAGAAACUUGCAGUUGCUUUUGGGCUUAUAUCCACGCCUCCAAAAGCUCCUAUAAGGGUGAAAAAAAAUCUUCGAAUCUGCAAAGACUGCCAUAAAUUUUUCAAAUAUGUUAGUAAAGUUGUCAAAAGAGAGAUAAUUAUCAGAGACAUCAUGAGAUUCCAUCAUUUCAGAGAUGGAUCUUGUUCUUGUGGGGAUUAUUGGUAAAUUUUUCACAAACCUUACCUAUUUCUUAAGAGAAUCUGGCCCCCUCCGCUAAUGGUUAAUUACGGAUCAGGAAAAAACACAUCCCCUGGAUAUGGUUGUGCAGGGGUUUGCUUAUUUUAUUUUCUAUUCUUAUAUAUCAGGUGAUCAUUCCAAGUAGAGGGGAGUUGACGAUGUGACAUCCUGGGAUGGUUGUUUGAGGGUGACCUCUUUUUAUCUACUUAUGGUACACAAUGAUGAUGCAAAUCUCUAUUUGAUGAGAAGUGCAAGUUUUCCAUGGUAGUUGAAAGUUGCCAUAUGGGCAGCUCAGGUAACAAAUCAAAAUGUAUUUGGAUAGUCAGAUCUAACUUGUAAAUUAUGUAUUGGCUAGAUUGGCCCCUAACACUUUUGUCUGCAUUUUUUUGAAGGUAUUUAAUAAAUCAUUAUUGUGUCAAA